AUUGGAGAGCCUAUUGCUAUUUUAAGUUAUAGGUCCGAGUACCAAAAGAAGAAAAGAAAGAAAGAAAGAACUCAACUGAUAUCUCAAACAUGGCUGAAGCAAAGCUGCUUGGAACUUGGGUUAGUCCUUACACUUACAGAGUCAAAUGGGCUUUGAAAUUGAAAGGCAUAGCAUUUGACUAUGUAGAAGAAGAUCUCUGCAAUAAGAGUUCCUUGCUUCUCCAACACAAUCCAUUUCACAAGAGAGUACCAGUUUUCUUUCAUGGUGGGAAAUCCAUAUGCGAGUCUUUGAUUAUUCUUGAAUACAUUGAAGAGAUAUGGCCACAAAAUUCUUUGCUGCCUAGUAAUCCUUAUGAGAGAGCCAUGGCUCGAUUUUGGAUUAAAUUUGCUGAAGAUAAGGGUCCAGCAAUGUGGAUGGUUGGUCAAGGGCAGGAGAAAGCAGAGAAAGAUAGCUUGGAAAUGCUAAAAAUGGUUGAAGAACAAGCACUUGGUGAGAAGAAAUUUUUUGGUGGGGACACGAUUAACAUGGUGGAUAUUGUCUUUGGACUUGCUCAUUGGUUGGGAGGGGAGAAACUACUUGAAGCUCAUAAGCUCCACCGCCUGCAGGCAUGGCUCAGAAAUUUCAAGCAAGUUCCUGUCAUCACAGAAAACCUCCCUGACCUUGAUGAGAUGUUUGCUUACUUAAGGCGUCAAAGGGAAAUGUCUCCGGUGGCUAAAUGAUAUAUAAAGGAGAAGUCGAAUGAAAGGGGCCCAAGAAGGUGGGGUGUGCACUUUGAACAGAAAAUAUAUCUAGAUAAUUUUGUUUGUAAAAACUCAUUUCUCUGGGAAUUUAGCUUUGUGUAGUCAUACUUUAGUUUAUCUUUCUCUAUCUCCAUCAGGGCUAAUGUAAAAGUGCAAAAUGUACAAUCUUUGACCCUGUGAGUCUGUUUUUUGCUCAGUAUUGGAAGCUCAAGAUCUUUUGUUCU